CGGGGCAGAAACGCGGCCCCCGGGGGUGGGUUCUCACCCCGCACGGAGGGCCCGGCCGCUCGCGGGAGCACCUUGGCCAGGGCACGGAGCCGCCGCCACCGGGGCCGGGGCAGCCCUUGCUGCCUGCCAGCUGCCUCGGCCCCGUUCCUACCUGCCCCCAGCUCCUUGCGGCCCCCGGCCCCGCUCCCCCUUCACCAGCCCCCUCCCUCCCGCCCGGCCCCACUGAGCCCCUCCUCUCCCUUCUCCUGCAGGACAUGGCUCUCUUGGACAUUUUCGUCGGGCUUUUUCAAAUUCUCACCCUCAACGUGCAGUUGGUGGGCUAUGAGCUGGAUGAGGAGACGCACGAGCGCAUGGAGCAGCGUGCGCAGAUGCUGAAACGGGAGAUGACUCGGCUCUGGCAGGAGAUAGAGGAGAGGAGCCGGGAGCAGAGGAACCAGGAGCAGAGCGGCUUUGCCUGGGCAUCCCUGCUCCUCUCUGCCUUGCAACACUGGCUGUGCUGGGCCGUUGCUGCACUCCUGGUCGUGCUCUUUGUGCUCUGCUGGUGUCUCAGCAAAUGGAGCCGUGAGCCAGAGAGAGAAGAGGAGAUCUCUGCUAAAAAGGUGGAGAAGAAGAAACAGGAAGGAGAGAACGAGGAUGCAAAUGAAGCCGAAGAACCAAGUGAUAAUGCAAAUGAAGCUGAAGAGAAUGAUGAUGCCAAUGAAGACGAAGAAGGCAAUGAUGAUGCAAACGAAGCUCAAGAAGAGCGUGAUGAUGCCAAUGAACCUGACGAAGAAAACGAUGACGCAAAUGAAGACGAAGAACACCACGAUGAUGAGAAUGAAGAUGAAGAUGAGAAUGAUGAUGAAAAUGAAGAUGAAGAAGAGAAUGAUGAUGAAGAGGAAAACGAAGAUGGAGAUGAAGAAGAGAAUGAUAAUGAAGAUGAGGCUGAAGAAGCGAAUAAUAAUAAUGCAAAUGACCUGGGAAGGUUUUUUGAGGAGGACAUGCUGCGGCCAGUUCGGCACCUGGACAGAGAUUGCAAGUCUGUGACGAGAUUUGUGGAAAUCUUCAUCCGUCUCUACCAGUAUAUCUUCUCAAAUACCUCUUUCCCAGUGCUGGAAAAAGCCAUCGAGGUGGGCAGUGCCUUUGAAGGUUGGAGUCCCCGUGAGGAAGACCUCACCUACCGCCUGAUUUUGCCCCUGAAGCCUCCCCGUGGACACAUCUUCCACCUGGAGCCGGGCCCCGUGUGGCCAAUGAGGAACUUUCGCAUCCGUGUGGAGUCGGUGUGUACCUGUGAGAUGGAGCAGCCGGCAGGAGAGACACGUUGCUUCCUCCACGACCCCGAGCAAGAGCACAGGAGGAAUGCAGGCUUCAGCAUCCUAGACGACCUCUGCACUGACUCCUACCUAGAUGUGCAGAAAACGGCGCUCUAUUUCCAGAUGUUCGUGAGACGGUCCUGGAGGGCUCUGCCUCUUUCAGCCAUACACCGCCUAACAGUGCUGCCCUCCGACCGCUCCUGCAAAUUCUGCGUCACGCAACGCUGGGGGAAAAGGAUUUUCAUUGAGUUGUUGUUUGGGGUGCAAGAAGGCGACUCGGACAUCUUCGUGAGCAGCCAGUAUACAGAGGCUGCCUACACUCCAAGCACGAUGUGGCCAGAGACCUAUGCUGUGGCAGAGAUGAAGUUCUUCAGCUAUAUUGCCAGAAAGGCACACCCUGACACCUGCUACCUCAGAUGCCUGAAGCUCUGUGUCCGCUGCCUGCUGGGCACAGACUUUUCCACCUAUACGCUGAAGACAGUUAUGAUGCACGUGCUGAUCGCCAAGCCGCUGUCACCCUGGCACAGGAGGUAUUUCUGGGAAUGGCUGAACGACAUCCUGCACUACCUGCAGAGAUGUCUGCACCAGAAACGCCUGAACCACUUCUUCAUUGGCAAUGAGAACGUGCCUGAGGAGAUCAUCCUGCCCCUGGAAUUGCGAGUGGCUGAACCGUUCAACCUCUUCCAGCACCUGACGCAGAAUCCUUACGCCUCUGAGCACGCAAAGCUUGAGUUUGAGGAGCUGCAAAGGCGGGUGCAUAGGAUGCUUCUCGACGGACGCUGAAAGUGGUCAUCCUGCACAGAGCUGUGCCUGCGCAGGUCACAGCUGCUGGCAGACGGCCGUGUCUUCCAGGAAGAAGAAAGAGGGGAGAAUGCAGGGCACGGAAAGGAAAGGAAAGGAAAGGGUGCGGCACCUUUCCUGCCCAGCAAGAGCGCAUCCUGGGGACUGGGACACGAUGCAGCUGAAGAGGCCGUCACGAGAAGUCUUGUGACAGGGACUCCACUACCACCUGGACAGCAACUGCCCUCUCUCUCUCUUCAACAGCGUCCAUUCCAUUCCAUUCCAUUCCAUUCCAUUC